AUGCCAUCUUGCGGUGAAGAAUCGAAUCAUCUAAGUUCUGGGGUGGCUGGCGUUCCAGAACUGAAGAACUCACCAAUCGGAACUCUUCUCUUUCUCCAAUGCUGUCCCAGUCCACAAUCAUUGCCAUUGGCUUCCGAUUCUUCGACCAACAGACAACUUAGAAUGAAAGACUCUUGCUCUUCAGACAGUCCAUCAAGUCGCAGUCACAGCAUGAAGCGAAGUCGGCCUUUGUCCAAAUUCGCACUGGCAACCUUCGCCCUAGUGGCUGCCAACAAUGUCGCUCCAACAGAGUGCUUUGGAAGCCAUUCUACUGUUGCCUCACCUUCGAGACGAGCAAUGCAAUCUCAGCAUUACUUUACCACUGAUGAAUACUUUUCAGCGACUUCUUCUACCCGCUUUUACAAUCCUCUCUUGACAUCCAAUCCGGCUGCUUCUCCCAAAUCAUCAUCUUCAACGACAACAACACAGGCUGAGGAAGCUCGUUUGCCCACUUGGCUCGAAAUAGAACAAGCUCAUUUGGUUCAUGAUCACAUGGAACUAUUGAGAGAUGCCAUGUUGCAAUCAUUCUUUACAGAGAAUGAAAUAUUGAAGCUCAGUUGCGCCAUUCAAGAAGCGAGCAACUUUGAUCAGAAUAAAAUGGCCGGGGCUGCGGAAUUCUGUACCAUUAUGGUGGAAACCAUGGAAAUGGGGCUGAAUGCCCUUGUGGCUGCUGCGUUUCACUACUGUUCUUGCGUCACCGCCAGAGAAAAGCAAGUCUUUUAUGGAACCCAAAGUAAGGAGGACCUUAGUCCUUGGGAUUUUAGACAACACCACAGCAUUGAUUCCUUUGGAGAACAUGUAGUGCAAAUUGAAAAGGAUGCUUCUCGUCUGAAGAGAUUGGAAAUGGUCGCGUCAAUGGUCAUGAAUAACAGUCCCACCAACUCACACAAGGUGACACCCGAUUCGGAAAAGGCAAACAAUCUACGCAAUCUGUUUCUAACAGAAAGCAAGGACUGGCGAGCACUUGCCAUUCGAGGAGCUGCCUGCUUGUACAGACUUCGAGGCAUUCUCAGAUCCUCUGAUUCCGCUCAUCCUUUGAGCAAAGACAACAACCGUGUCUGCCGGGAAGCUUUGCACAUUUAUGCGCCCUUGGCUUCGCGAUUGGGAAUGCACCGUCUCAAGAAUGAAUUGGAGAAUACUGCGUUUCAAAUCUUGUAUCCAAGGCAAUUCGCUACUGUCACCUCGCUGCUCCAACAAACCAGAGACCCUUCGGCUCGUCGAGUUACCUGGAACAGCCGAGCUUCGUGGAAACCAGACAUUGAAGAAUCAAUGGAAAAGAUUUUGGAACAAGUUCAAGCGGAAAUGACAGAGAUUCUCCAAAACGAUGCCGAAUUCAGCGAGGCAGUUCAAGACUACACCGUUACAGCUCGUGUCAAAGAGGCUUACUCUACUUGGAAAAAGAUGCUUCGCAACAAGUGCGAUCACAUUCUUCAAGUUCCAGAUGCCAUUGCUUUUCGUAUUGUUCUCAAUGCCAAGAAGCAUUACGAGGAUGAACCAGAUGAAAUGAUUCGAGCUCGCGAACGUGCUCUUUGCUACUAUGCUCAAGAGUUGUGCUUGCAACGAUGGGCUCCUGCAGAGGAAGACGCCCGUUACAAGGAUUACAUUGCCUCGCCCAAGGCCAAUGGAUACCAAAGCUUGCAUUAUACUGCCAAUACCAGCUGGCAAGGACAAGUAUGGAGCAUGGAAAUUCAAGUUCGAUCGGGAGAAAUGCACAAUGUUGCCGAGUUUGGAGUUGCUUCUCAUUGGGACUACAAGGUCAGAGGCAAGGAAACUACUUCUACCAACAUGUCUCGGUCUGCGGAAGGUCACUCUUCUCUCACUAUCAACGAACACUUGGGACGCGUAGUUAUUCAGCAGACAUCAGAUGCCUAUUUGCGAUCCCUUCAAGAGUACCACUGGAAAACUCAUGGAAGCACUUACGGUGCGGAACCUACCACCACCCUUGACGAAGAGCACACUGAGGAUACCGAGUAUUUCCACAGCAACGAGGAGAGCCAUAUUCGUGCCGAACGCAUUCGGGCUCGUACUCAACGCUUGGCUCCUUACAUUGAAGCUUUCACCACGGCUCAAUCCGACUUGGCAAGAGAAAAUGUCUAUGUCUUUCUUUCUCAAGAUGGUGACGAACAAGAAGGUGCCGUUUUGGCUUUGCCUGCCGGAGCCGUAAUCUUGGAUGUCCUGAGACAAGUCGAACUUCAAUUUCUCCCGGAAGACUGUGUCUUUCACAAUGGAUCUCCAGCCUCUAUCACUACUAGAUUGAGUAAUGGAGACGUUUUGAGCAUUCCGUCCAUGAUGACCACCUCCUUGAUGUGA